AAAUUCGCCUCCACGCCGCGGAUACUUUUCCGCCUCCUGUCGCCUGCCAUUCCCAGGCCACCACUCCCGAUUGAAAAAGUAUAGGGCAAGCUGCUGCUGGGCUGCGCCUUGCUCUGCUCCUCUUACGCUCGCCAUGUUCCGAACAGUAUCGCGCUCCGUCGCGCGCAGCAGCCGGCCAUCGAGAAUAGCGAGCCGAACACCACAACUCCUGCGCCCUCUCUCCACCACCGCGUACCGCAUGUCGAGCUCCGUGCUGAAGCCUGUGGAUCCCCCAGUGUCCACAGCGCUGCCAGGAGAUUCAUUCCAGCUGCUCCCCGAAGCUGCGAAAGCAGGCCAGGCUGAAGAUGCCCUCUUCGACGAGCAGGUGCAGGCUGUGAAGGACUGGUGGGCCUCGCCACGAUACAAGGGCAUCAAGCGGCCAUACUCUGCAGAGGAUGUCGUGAGCAAGCGUGGAGCGCUUCCACAGUCAUAUCCCAGCUCAUUGAUGGCAAGGAAGCUCUUCAACCUGCUUGAAGAGCGGGCGGCAAAGGGCGAGCCAGUACAUACCAUGGGUGCAAUUGACCCGAUCCAAAUGUCCCAGCAAGCUGCGAACCAAGAAGUUCUCUAUGUCUCGGGAUGGGCGUGCUCAUCCGUCCUGACCACCACCAACGAAGUCUCUGCCGACUUUGGCGACUAUCCUUACAACACGGUGCCGAAUCAGGUGCAGCGGCUGUUCAAAGCACAGCAACUGCAUGACCGCAAGAACUGGGACGCAAGGCGGAAGAUGACUCCAGAGCAAAGGGCCAAAACCCCAUACCUGGACUACAUGCGCCCAAUCAUAGCCGAUGGCGAUACCGGACACGGAGGUCUCUCAGCGGUCAUCAAGCUCGCCAAGCUCUUCGCCGAGAACGGAGCUGCAGGUGUGCAUUUUGAAGAUCAAUUGCACGGCGGCAAGAAAUGCGGACAUCUCGCAGGAAAGGUGCUUGUUCCUGUCGGCGACCACAUCAACCGUCUGGUGGCAGCACGAUUCCAAUGGGACAUGAUGGGCAGUGAGAACCUAGUGAUUGCGCGUACAGACUCGGAGAGCGGCAAGCUUCUCUCCAGCGCAGUCGACGUUCGAGAUCACGAGUUCAUCAAGGGCGUCACAGAGGAGACGGAGCCAUUGGCUGAAACGCUGCAAAACAUGGAGGCCGCAGGUGCUCCAGGCAAGGAGAUUGACCAGUACGAGGCGGCGUGGGUGAAGAAGCACAAGCUCGUGACGUUUGACGAAGCCGUUGUCCAGCACCUCGAAAAAGAAGGCGCCUCGCAGUCGUCAAUCGACUCGUACCUCGAGGAAAUGAAGCAGAACCCAGACUUCUCCCUCCUCAAGCGCCGAAAGGCGGCUGAAAAGUACACAAAGACGCCCGUCUACUUCAACUGGGACAUUCCCCGCACAAGGGAGGGCUUCUACCACUACAAGGCUGGUGUUGCGGCCGCCACAAAGCGCGGCAAAGAGUACGCACCCUAUGCCGAUCUCUUGUGGGUUGAGACGGGCGACCCCAACGUACAAGAGGCGGCCAAGUUCGCCAACGAGAUCCGCGCCCUUCACCCUGGCAAGAAGUUUGUGUACAACCUAUCGCCAAGCUUCAAUUGGAUGGGCCAGGGCUUCUCGGAAGAGGCACUCAAGUCCUUUGUGUGGGAUUUGGCCAAGCACGGGUUCGUGUUCCAGCUCAUCUCUCUGGCCGGAGUACACUCCACUGCCACCAUUACCUGUGAGCUCAGCCGAGCAUUCAAGGACGAGGGAAUGUUGGCAUACGUGAAGCUGGUGCAAGCGAGAGAAAAGGAGCUGGGAUGUGAUGUUCUUACACACCAAAAAUGGAGCGGUGCUGGGUACAUUGACGGCAUCUUGGGCGCGAUACAAAGUGGAAGCUCAGGCAGCAAGAGCAUGGGCGAGGGCAACACCGAGUCAAGUUUCUAGAUGUAGGAUGCGCAGAGGCUUAGUUCUGCAAAAGCAUAAAAAUCAAAAGUCGGG